AUGCCACCAUGUCCUCGUUGUGGUCGUACUGACAAAGUUUAUUAUUGGCCAGCUUAUAUUGAUAAUCAUCAUCGUCUUAAAGCUGAUAUGGCUGCUAGUGCUACUGCUGCUGCUGCUCGUCUUCGUGCUGCUGAUAAUGCUGGCGCUACUACUGCUCGUGCUGCUGCUGCUGCUACUGGUAUUCAACUCCCUGAUUUUACUACUCUUCGUGAUCCUAAUGCUCCUGCUGCUGCUGCUGUUGCUGCUCUUGCUAGCAUUGCUGCUGCUGUCCGUGCUCCUCAUUCUAGUGAAGGUGAUUACGCUGAUUAUGCUCCUGGUCGCGAUCGUCUUGGCUAUAUCGGCAGUCGUUCGAAGUUUUGCUUCUUUAGACCUUUUGGCUCGAAUAGUGAUUUCAUUUGCGAGUACAAACAUUGA